UCCAAAACUUUUCUGCCUUUCAAAUUACAAGGCAAACGAUUUCUUAGGCGGAUGCCUAAUUUUUCUUACGCUACAUCUUAAAAUCAUACCUCAACAUCAUAAAGACUAGUAAAUUGAUUUAACAUACUGAAGUAUAUAGAACUUAAACAAACACAUAUAUGCAAUCCAACAACAAAAAUUUGUUUAAGAGUUCGGUAUCAGAGUCAUUAACUUCGACGGCUCCAAUAGUGAGUAAAAAUAUCUACGAUCAGACUCUCAAUCGAAUUCGUACUGCCGAAGUAAACUUGUCUUGCUUUGCCUUUUUAUUUAGUGAAUUGAUCCAACGGAUUCAGUCUCAGGUAUCUGGUAUUCAAGAAUUUGAAGAGAAACUAAACGAACAUGGUUAUCGAGUCGGACAACGGUUAGUAGAGCUGGUCAUAUGGAGAGAACGAAAUCCCAGACGUGAAAUUCGAAUCCUGAACAUUCUUCAAUACAUCCAUUCUACGUUAUGGAAAUACCUUUUUGGACGACAUGCGGAUUCCUUGGAAAAGUCGAAAGAAACUGAGGAUGAGUACAUGAUCGUUGACAAUAACCCAUUGUUUAACAAAUUUAUUUCAGUGCCAAAGGAAAUGAGUCAACUCAAUUGUUGUGCUUAUUUGGCUGGCAUUGUAGAAGGUUUUCUGGACAGUGCACAAUUCCCUUGUAAAGCUUCAGCACAUACUGUCCCACUCGCUCAACACACUCAAAGAACCGUUAUCCUCAUCAAACUUAACGCUUCGGUCUUGGCUAGGGAAGAGAUCCUUGGGUGAAAUUUUGGAACCCACAGGUAUAAUGAACCAGAUACUUAGACAAGAGAAUACUCAGGAAAGAAAAUAAUGAAAGUAGAAUGAACAAUUCGUUUGGAUUUUAUAACUGAGGGUUUUGUUUAUUAAUAUUACGAACUUAAAUUUAUCUUGUGGUUAAUUUGCAUAACGAUGUACAAUGUUUCUCCGUAUUCUACUUUCUCUCUAGAGAUCCAAUUUAAUUAGAAAGGUACGUCCUUCCUUUCAACGAGGAAAACCAACAGAGCAAAGCAAGAUUCAUUGAUUAUACGAUAUC